AUGGCAACACCAUCAUCAUCUGUAUUGUUAAUAGAUUCGAUUACAAAAUUUAUUUUAAAUCAUUUUAAAAAAUUAGGAAAAAUUACUAAAUAUUCAUCUAAACCUUUAAUAGUUGCUAUAAACGGACCUCAAGGAUCUGGUAAAACCACAUUAGUAAAUCAAUUAAAAUAUCAACUUAAAAAUCACUCUGAUCAAUUAAAAUUGUCAAGCAAAUAUCCGGAUAACAAAUUGUUAAAGUAUCGUGGACAACCUGGAACUCAUGAUAUUUUAUUAGGAGUAAAUUUCUUUAAAAAACUAUGCGACAAUCAAUUCAAAUAUUCAACUUCCUCAUCCUCACAUAAUCGUAGUAGUCGUGAAAAAGAAGAAGGAGAAAAGGAAGUAUUAUUGGUUCCAUCUUAUGACAAGUCGUUAAAUAAUGGUCAAGGUAAUCGAUUAUCGAUUGAUAAAUGGACAAAAAGUUAUCCACCAUUUGACAUAAUGUUAUUUGAAGGAUGGUGUGUUGGUUUCAAGUCAUUAAAAAAAGAAGAUUUGAAAAAUAUUUAUUAUGAUAGCAACAUUAACAAUGAUUGUUAUUCGUUAGAAAAUAUUUUGUUAAUUAAUGAAAAUUUAAAAAAUUACGAGAAACAUUGGUACAAGUAUUUUGAUAUAUUUAUACAUUUGGAUGUUGAGAAUAUCAUUGAAAAUAAAAAGGAGGAGGAAGAAGAAAUUAAAAGUUGCACAAAUCUCAAUGAACAUUAUGGAAAGCAUUUAAGAAUCAUAUUAGAUAAAAAUAGACAAUUAAUCAGCGAGACCGUAAUGUAA